AUGUGGCGUAAAAAUCAGUCGUUCCACUGCAAAGUGGCCGCGCUCUCUAUGGUGUUGAUAAGUGAAUCUAUUUCAUCCACGUUGGUUUUACCCUUUGUUGGACUCUUUGUUGCUCACCUGCAGAACAUUACCCCUGAUGAGGCUGGAUUCCUUUCUGGAUUGCUGGUUUCUGUAUUUCAACUUGGACAAAUGCUUACAGCCAAGAUGUGGGGAAGAAUGAGUGAUCGUUUUGGUCGUAAACCCAUGAUUCAAUUGGGUUUAUUCUUUAACGCGGCUGCUGCUGCCUUCUUUGGUGUAAGUACAAGUAUUGAAUUUUGUGUACUCAUGCGAUUUCUUCAUGGUUGUGCAAACGGUAACGUAUUGGUUGCAAAGACUGUAAUAGCAGAUAUUACGGAUAAGUCUAAUGAGGGAAUUGGAUUCUCUGCUAUUAGUCUUUUUUGGGGAGUAGGAUCUAUAGUUGGACCCUCACUUGGUGGAUUAUUAUAUGAUCCAGGAAAAAAUCCUGGAAUCAGUCAGUUUUUCCCUAAUGAUGAACAAACGAGAAAUAUAUUUAUUAUUCAUCCAGCUAUGCUUCCUACUAUGGUAAUUACUGUCUUUUCAUUACUUGUACUUAUUUCUACUUGUUUCUUUUUACCGGAGACAAGUAAAAAUACAGUGGAUCCAUUGCUUUCUUUGUGUUUCCGACGCAAAACAGUUGCAAUUGCCAUUGAAGAAGAAGUGGAAGUGGAAGAAAGAUCACUUGAUCUUGAUGAUGUCCGUUCACCUAUUCUUAUUCAAGGAGAAAAUACUUUUACUAGUCGUAAUACAGAAACACCUCAUCUAACUCCAUCUAUGAGUAGUGGAAAAGCUCUAGAUGAUACAUUACAAUGCAAUACCUCAUCUGAAGCUGGAUCAGCUAUGAUAGGAAUGCGAAAUCGAAAGCAAGAAUUGUUUUUGGGAGAUGCCGAUAGUGAAGGAAGUAAAACAUUGGGACGUUUUGGUUAUCGUGAAGCUUUACAAACUCCUAGUACUCGAACAGUGUUACUUAUGUACAUGUGUAUAGCCUCUACAGAGUGUGCUCUUUUGGAAGUUAUCCCAUUAUGGGCUAUUGCUUCUAUUGAGAAGGGUGGGUUGAGUCUUACUUCACCUGAUGUUGGAUGGUUAAUGGGUAUAUCAGCAGUUGUUUGUGUAUUUGCAAAUAUUAAUUUUGGUCCUCUUUUACGUUGUGUACAAAGUAAUCGUUUUUUAUGGGAUUUUAGUGUGAUUGUAUGGGCUUUAACUUCUAUUUUAACACCCUGUGCUAUUUUUUUCCCUCGGGAAUGGGUGUUUACGUACGUUACUAUAUUAAGCUCUAUCCGCGAGGCAGUAUUAUCUUGGGCAUAUGCAUUGAUAUAUCUAUUUGUUGCACGUUCUGCUCCAGAAUCACAUGUUGGGGCAAUGAAUGGAAUUGCGCAGGCUAUUGGUUCCUUCUCACGUAUGUUAACAAUGUUGGUGCUACCUCCACUCUUUGCGUGGUCUCUUCAGAGUGCACAACCAUUUCCAUUUAAUCACCAUUUUGUUUUUUGGCUUACCAGUAUACCUCUUCUUUUGAGCUAUCUGUUUUCAAGUCUUCUACCAGCCUUUAUUUUGAGUGGUUGA